ACCAACAAAUCACUUAGCAUCACCUUCUUCUCAUUUAUUAGUACUCCCUAAACCUGCUCUCUUACUAAUAUUGGCGUACUGCUGCAAGGCAUAGAAGGUGAAAAAGGUUUUGGUUUUACCUUCCUCUGCACACUUGAGAGGGGUUUGGUGCAUUCGGUUUUUCUAUUUAUUUACAUUCUGAAUCAUUGAUAUAAGGCUGGCAUGGGAAUCAUUUCUCCUGUACUGCUCUCAAAGUUUUAAAGGAGAGACCUUUGUAUAAUGAGAUUUGGUUGCAUAUGAGUUGGAAGGAAGCUGAGGUUGUUAUCCUACAAUGGAGUUUUAAUUGCAGUGAGAGGCUUCUGGUCCCAUGAAAGCUGUGAGCUCUGUGUCACCGAUUGGAUGAUAAUUGGGUGGAAGGUUUACGAGGAAAUGUGGAAGGGGUUACCACCUCAGUAUUGUGGGACUUUUAGCAAGCCUCAGUGUUAGAUUUUAAGGUUUCUCUCAAACCCUAUUAUCUGCCCCUGGGAAUUUCUAUUUGGGAAGAGUUCUGGGUUCUGUGGGGAAUUAUAUUUGGAUUCUGAGUUUUUGGGGUCUUGGGUGUUGGAGAAAGUUUCAAAAGAUGUCGGGGAAGUUCCUUCACGCAUUUGCCGACGAAAACCCGGAGUUGCAGAAGCAAAUUGGGUGCAUGACCGGGAUCUUUCAGAUGUUCGACCGCCACCAUUUCCUCACUGGAAGGCGCCUCAGGGGACACAACCAUAAGAGGUUUGCUUCAGGCCAUGCCCUUCAAAACAGUGGUAAUACGAGAGCAGAUCGGAGUACAUGUUCCCCACAGAUUGUUCUGGAGAAAAAUCACAGCAAGAGCUCAAAUGAGAACCAACAAGCUUCAAUGGAGUCAUCAAGAACUUCUUUUUCCUCCUCAUCAAGCUCCUCAUUUUCUUCUCUAGAGUGUAAUGGAUCAAUUCAACAAGAGCCUUUGUCUCUAGAUCGAACUUUCUUGGAGAAGCCCACAAAGAAUUCACCCAGGUUGAAGCAUUCCGACAUCAAUAGCAGACCUGUUCAGUUUGGUCCUCUCAGUGACCCACCACAUGCAUCCGCUCGACGUGAUCGCCGGUCCCUUGAUUUCCAAGAUGUUGUGAAGGACUCUAUCUACAGAGAAACUCGUGGUUUAUCCAUUAAAACCUCAACAAGAGAGGAGGUGAAGAACCACAAGCUGAAGCAUAGAGACUCCCCGAGGCCUAUGCUGCUGUCUGAGUCAGUGCAUGGAUCUUAUGUGAUUGGUGUAGAUGAAAAAUCCAGAUUGUCUGCUGAUCUCAAUGAAUCCCUUCGAGUCCUAGUGAAGCUUAAAGAGGCACCUUGGUAUUUCUCAGAGGCUAGUGAGCCACCAAGAUCAUCACAUGAAGCAAAUGAUACCUCAUUUUUUCCAGUAUCAAGGGAAGCUCCACGGUUCUCUUAUGAUGGAAGAGAAAUUUCACGCUCUUCUCUGGAUUCUCAAGAUGUCAGCAAACCUGCCUCCAAACUCAGAGAGCUUCCUAGGCUAUCCUUAGAUAGCAGGGAAGGCUCUCUAAGAAGUUCUUACUUUGGCUUUAAGCCACACACAAUUCUAAAGGAUUCAGACACAAGUAGUAUCAACCAAGGAGUACCUACACCUAAUUUUCAGCAAGAAUGGGGAGGUCACAAGCGCCCUACCAGUGUCGUUGCGAAGCUCAUGGGACUGGAAGCAAUGCCCCACUUGGGCUUGGCUAGUCAGAAACCAGCUGAUCUGACAGAAACCUAUGCAAGCAAAGACAAAGAUCCUCUCAAUGGACAAAGGAAUAGGAAUCUCAUAACUAAGGCAUCUCGAGGAAGUCAAGACAGCAGGAAGGAUCACCUCUUACACUCCCCAAAGAGCUCCCUCAAAGAUCCUGCUAUGCAACAGUUGAAAAACUCUGAUCCUGUCAUGAAACCAGUUUCAAAUGCAAGGCUCCCGAUUGAAACUGCACCUUGGAGACAGCAGGAAAGAAUCCAAAUUCCCAAGAAAACAACAUUUGGCCACCGGGGAGCUCAGUUGAAGCAGCAUCCUGAGUCAUUUUAUAGUGACAUAGAGAAAAAGUUAAAGGAACUCGAUUUCCAGCAAUCCAAUAAGGAUUUCAGGGCUCUUAAACAGAUAUUUGAUGCAAUGCAAGCAAAAGGGCUCUUAGAAACCAACAAAAGUGAAGAUCAGCAUUUAUCAGUUUGUAAGAACUACAGUGACCAACCUCCAACUGGUAAUGAUCAGAAUUUCAGAUCAACUGAUGCUCGAAACCCACAUAACACUCCUUCAGUACCCACAUUCAUGAAAGGAAGCAAUACUCCAAGAGCUUUCGAGUCUCCUAUCGUGAUCAUGAAGCCUGCAAAAUCUGUCAGCAAAUCAAGUGUUUCAGCUUCUUCAGUUAUUCCUUUGGAAAGCUUGUCUGGUCUUCGAAAGCUGCAUACUAGUGAUUCCAUGCAUAGAAAGAAGACUUCCACAAACAACAGGAUGGCCAAAGAACAAACUCCUAAGGCCAGCACCAGGGAAUAUAAGAAAUCUACUAACAGGACCGAAGAAAUUAGUAUACAGAAAACUCAUUUACAGAUGGAGCAGUGCUCGUAUAGGCGUCAGCAUUCACCAAGGGAAAAUAGUGGAAGCUCAGUUAAAACUUCAGGCUCUCUUAGCCCAAGACUACAGCAAAGAAAGAUUGAAACAGAGAAGAAAUCACGUCUGCCUAUUCCUUCUUCUGAAUCAAAUAAGCCCCGAAGGAAUUCUACCAACAGACAGACUUUGGAAUCAGUUUCUCCAAGAGGCAGACUUAGACAAAGACCAGCACAAGCACAGCAGAAUGAUGACCAGUUGAGUGAUGUAAGCAGUGGAACAAGGAGUCUGAGUCACCCAGGUGAUGAGAUCUCUCUAAGGUCAGAGAUGAACAAAAGCUUGGUAUCACAGGAUGAUAUAGAAGUAACAAGCGCUGAUAGUGCAGAGAUGGGCCUUCGUUGCUUACAGCAGGGAAGCUGGAGUCCAUCAAGAAGGGCUGCCAAUAGCACAUCUUCAGUCAUAAAACAGAAGAUGUCCUCAUGUAGUCUGAAUGAAGAUGUUUCAGCCGUGGAGCUUGCAACUGUUGCUCCUGAACACCCAAGUCCAAUCUCUGUUCUAGAUGCUUCAUUUUAUCAGGAUGACAUGCCACCCUCUCCUGUCAGCAAAGCUCCAAGUGUAUUCAAAGGUGAUGAGAUUGAUCCUUCAGAACAUCGCUGGAGUCCAAAGCCAUUGCCGGACAGCUCAUCACCCAAUUCAGGCUCGAAAUUCAAUCACAAGAAGCUGGAAAACAUUAAGAACCUGGUUCAGAAGCUGAGACAGUUGAGUUCAACUGAUGAUGAAGUUCCAGCCACCGAUCAUAUUGCAUUGCUCUGUGAAACUCAAAGUCCGGACCAUCGGUAUGUGUCUGAGAUACUGCUGGCUUCAGGCCUUCUAAUGAAAGACAUCAACUGCGGAACCAUGGGUCCAAUGCCUAUUCAGCUCCAUCCUUCAGGCCACCCAAUCAACCCUGAUUUGUUCCUUGUCCUGGAGCAAACAAAGUCCAGCAUGGUAACCAAACUCAACGGCAUUCAUGAAAACGCUCCCAGGCCUAAACCUGAGAGGGAGAAGAUUCAUCGGAAGCUCUUGUUUGAUGUGGUAAAUGAACUACUAAUUCAGAAGCUGGAGCUAACUAGUCCCGGUGCUCAACCCUACCUGAUGCUUCGAGCGAUGAAACUUGCUGGCAGGUUUCCUAGUGGUCAGCAACUGCUAAGAGAAUUGUGUUCGGAGGUUGAGCAACUCAAAGCUGAUACCUCAAUCCGUGACUGCUGCAAUGAUGAUACUAAUUUGAUAUCAGGUCAAGAUGUGCUGCGGCAAUCGAAAGGAUGGUACGAGUUCAGUACAGAAGUGCCAGAUAUGGUGUUGGAGAUUGAAAGAUUGAUCUUCAAGGACCUAAUUGAUGAGGUUGUUAGUGGGGAAGGUGCAUCUGGUGUGCAAACAAAGGCAAGCAGGUGGCGCAGGCAACUAUUUCCCAAGUAAACAAAAGAGUCUAAAAAUCUUCUGCUAUGAUUUUCUUUUUCUUUUUCUUUUUUUUCUUUUUCCCUUGCCUUGCUUUCUGAGAGUAUAAUAUUCACAAAGGGAACAACUUUUCCUAUCCAUGUAUUGUACAGAUUAUCUUGUUCAAAAUCUUUAAGCAUUAUACCAAGGACAUAUAGAAUCAAGCCAUAAGAAUUAUAAGAUCACAAUCCUUACACAAAAGUGAGGUGAACAUACAUUGUUUUUGUGUUGUUAUCAGCUUCACGUUUCGCACUUACCCGGGACAGAAAUCGCAUGUGAAUGAGCUUUGCCGUGGAUUCCG